AUGCCGACUCACCAAAUGAGCAAAUCAGAUGCUUCCCGCAUCCAAUCUACCCAGGCCCAAGCAGGAAAGGAUAUGUCCUCUGGCGGAUUCGCCGCACGGGCUCAGUCAGCUGCGGAUCGAAAUGCAAAUAACGCGGCGUCGAAUGUCGGAUCCUCAUCCUCGCAGGGCUCAUCGUCGGGCUCGCAGCAGAGUGGCCAGCAGGCGAACACAGGGAAGAGAUGA